UAUCUGUGUAAAGACUCCAAUUCAACCACUGUUAUAGUCUUCCAUAACAUGGCAAAUUGAAGUUUCAAUCUCAACUAAGAUAUGUAUUUACAUUUACUGUCCGACAAUGUCAUUACCUAUGUAUCUCCGAGGAAAAGAAAACUCAAUUCAUAUUAUUCAAAUAUUUCAUAGAAAGAUAGGCAAGAGAAAAGAGCAUAGGGAAAUCGAGAUAAUCCAUUUAUUUUAUUCUCUUUUUCUUUUGGCCCUGCCAUCCUUUUCUCUGUUAGUUAACACUUUAUUUUCUUUAUCAUCAAGUCAUGACUCAUGCAAUGAAACAAAACGAUUCUUAUUUCUUGGAAUACAUGAAGCAUCUUCACUCCAAGCAUUCCAAUACAAAACCCAAAUACAAUUGUUCCCUAUCUAGUCCUUUUCCUCUGUCUUUCUCUCUGUCGUUUUUAAAAAAAUACAAUAAUAGUAUUAACCCAAGAAAAGUUCACAAAAACAUGCAUGUCUUUUGUGUUGGGAAGUUGGGACUAAUUUAAUAUUUGCAUGGGAUUUAGAGUUUAAGCUUAAGACCACACUAAGAUUUUGGUUGGAUAACAAGAAAAGCAACACAAGAAGCUUAUGCUCCACGCACACCAUCUUUUUCUUUCCUAUAACUUUUUUAAAUUUUAAUAUUUGUUUUCUAUAUUCAAAGCAAAUUAGCAAAAGCAUUUUCUUCUCCUCUCUCUCACCUCCACUACCUAUGUUGCUUUAUCCUUUGCAACUUUAAACCUUUUCUUUGCUUAACAGGACUUAUAGAUGCAUCUUUUCCUUCUGCAUAGACCCAUUAACAAAGAACAAAUAUUGUCGGUUGUGUCUUUCUGUGCAAAAAUCUAUCCAAAGUUUAGAAUAGAAUCUCAACAUUAUCUGAUUAUUAAGUUCUUAUUUGGAUAAGCAAUUUAAUUAAGCGCUUAUAACAUAAGCGUCUAUUAUAUAAGAGUUUAUGUAUAAGCUGGCUGAUUCUGUAAUAAAAGAUAAGAAAUAGUCAAACCGCUUUCAUAUAAGCUAUACAAUGUUUCCAUAAGCUCUAGAAAACAAUCUCACUACGGCUUACGUUGAUAGAUAAGUUUAAAUAAACUAAUCGUAAACAUUAAUUAAUUAAUGUGGUCAAAAAGGUUAAGUAAUUCAACUUUUUAGAACUUCCUGGCCCCAAAAUAUUUGCACCUGUUCUGUUCCUGUUUCUGAAAUGCAUAAGAAACCCAUGUGCACUUUCCCAUUAUGACUCACUUUUGAUUGCAUAGAAUGGUCCAUUGAUUCUCCCUUAUUCUAGUGGUUCAUUUAUACGAUUCUACAGUUACUUUAUAGUCUUGUCCUUGCAAUGUGCUUUCCUUCAUUCCUUGGUUCUUAAUCUUAGUAUUAUGGAACAGUGGAUUUGAAUUUGAAUAUUAGACCCUCUUGUCAAAGUUUCAAUAUUAUCUUUAUAUUUGUUCAUUUUUCUUCAACAAUCUGAAGAAUAAUCAGAAGUAACACAAUGAACUUUGUGAUAGCCUAUUCCAGAGGAACUUGGCAUCCCAUCAUGACUUCUGAUACAACCAUCCAAAGUUACUGGUUGAAUUGGAAGGUUUUGGUUUGUGUCAUAUUAAUCAUACUUUCAACCAUCUUUUCAUCAUUUCUUAUAUGCAAGUACGAGGUUUUACUUUUAUCAUGGAAGCCAACAAGAAAUGAUGACAUGGAAAUCCAAAAAGAAACAUCAUCAUCAUCAAUUUUGUACGAGGAUGAAACUUGGAAGCCUAGCCUAAAGGGAAUUCACCCGGCAUGGUUGUUGGCUUUUAGAAUUUUUGCAUUUAUUGUGCUUAUGGUGCUUCUCAUACUCACUGUUACUACAGAUGGAGGAAGCAUUUUUUAUUAUUACACUCAGUGGACUUUUACCUCAGUAACCAUCUAUUUUGGGCUGGGAUGUUUGCUCUCCAUGCAUGGAUGUUACCAGCAUCAUAAGAAAGCGAGUGGCGAUAAGGUGAACAAUGUGGACGGAUAUUCUGAGCAAGGAAUUGAUGAUGCUUGUACACUGCCUCAAAGUUCUAAUCCAUCUAGUCAUGAUAAAGCUCCACAAGAACAUAUUAUCCGCCAACAUGCGGGCAUUUGGGGUUAUGUGUUUCAAAUAAUGUUCCAGAUUAAUGCAGGUGCUGUAAUGCUGACAGAUUGUGCAUUUUGGUUCAUAAUUGUUCCUUUUCUAACCAUCAAAGAUUACAACAUAAAUUUACUGACCAUAAGUAUGCAUACAAUCAAUGCUGUUUUCCUGCUAGGAGAUACAGCUUUAAAUUGCCUGAGGUUCCCUUGGUUUCGAAUAGGAUACUUUUGCCUGUGGACAGUUACAUAUGUCAUUUUCCAAUGGAUUGUUCAUGCUAUGGUUAAAAUCUGGUGGCCAUAUACAUUUCUUGACUUGUCAUCCCAAUAUUCUCCAUUAUGUUACUUUUCAAUGGGGUUACUGCAUAUUCCCUGCUAUGGCAUCUUUAUCUUAAUAAUGAAGCUGAAGCACAAUGUGUUGUCAAAACGGUUUCCUGACUCAUACCAAUGUGGCAGAUGACUUGGGCUUAGGAUUAGGCUAGUUUCUAUAGAAAAAGGGAAGAGUAGUAGUGACUAGUGAGAAAAACAAAAGGGAUUGUAAGUUGGUAUUCAUUUAUUGGUUUUUUUUCAUCAUAAGUAUUUACUUAUUGGAUGAAUAUAUUAUAUAUAAAGUAUAUCACAAUAUAUUUGUUUCUCGCA